GUGAAGAAAGGAGCUGCUCGGACUCGACUCGCCAGUGCCGCUGGAGACGCUCUCGCGACGACCGCAGUAGCGAAGCUCCGGCGAAAGAGGACAUAAGACGUGUAUUUUUUUGUUUUGUUGUUAUUUUUAUAUGUAUACCUAGGUUGAUAGUCUUUUUUUAAUUCACCAUAUUUAUUGUGCCCCGGAGGAGUGAUAUGAACACCUAACGCGCGGCGGUGGCGGACGAUGGUGAAAGAAGAACCGGGAUCCGAGCCUGAGCAGCCGAACGGAACUUAUUGUUAUGUUGCGAUUGUUUGGGCUAUGGUACUCCCGAGUGAGCUCGGCUUCGGUCCUUCGUCGGCCCUCCAACGGGAAUAUUUUACCGGUUUUUAACCAACUUUGAAGGAUAAACGCCGAGCGAAAGAAGGUUUUUUUAAAAGGAUUUUUUUCUCUCUCUCCUCUUCGGGGAUUUAAAUUCGUUGGUGCUCCUCGGGGGGGGUGAGGGGAGAUUCAUGUGGCCACUCUCUCGUUUCUAGUUUUCCCUCUUUGGGGGUGGGGGGACAGAGUGCAUAAUGAGCAAAGAAAGACCCAAAAGGAAUAUUAUUCAGAAGAAAUACGACGACAGCGAUGGGAUCCCGUGGUCGGAGGAGCGGCUGAUGCGAAAGGUGCUGUACCUGUCUCUCAAGGAGUUUCGCAGUGCGCAGAAACGCCAACUGGACGGCCAUGCCAGCGGCAACCAAAACGGCUCCUUAGCCAACGGGCAGCUCAAUGGCUCCGGCUCAAUGGGCGGCCAGAAAGAUGGCGGCUCGCUGCACGCGGCGCGCCUGGACAAGGGCGGCGACUUCUGCGAGGACGGCCCGGCUAAGAAGAGGCCUCGGCUGCAGGCGCAGAGGAAGUUUGCGCAGUCACAGCCCAACUCGCCCAGCACCACGCCCAUCAAGGUGUCUGAGCCCACCGGCCUCAACGUGGGCCAGGCCACCCCGGCGCCUGCCGCCACCACCGCCGCCGCCAACGCUGCCGCCGCCUCUUCCUCGUCGCUGUCACCGUCGCUUGCCGCCUCGUCCCUGUCGUCAUCAAUCCAGGACCUGUCCCGACGAAAACCCAAAACGGAGGACUUCCUCACCUUCCUCUGCCUCAGAGGUUCGCCGGCAUUGCCCAACCACAUGGCUUACUUCGGUAGCUCUCAGGAGGAGGAGGACCUCGGGGAGGUGGAGGACGACGACAACGACGAGGAGCUGAGGAGCAGCGGCGGCUGCGGGCAUUUGCACAGUGUGCCGAGCGGCGGCGGCCACGCCUCCUCCUCCUUCUCCUCCUGCUCCUCUUCUUCAUCAUCCUCCUCCUCUUGCCAUUCCACACCACGCAAGGGCAAGCCCCUCGCACGCCAACCCCUCAACGGCCACGGGCUGACCAACCACAGCAAAGCGGGCAUGCGGGAGAGCCCUCGGCCCAAGGCGGCGCCUCAUCCCCCUCCUCUUCCGCCCCCGCCCCCGCCGCUCCUGAGGGAACGCAGCGAGCGGGCCGAGGCGCGCGAACACGUCAGGAUGUUGCAGGCCAUGGCCGGCGCUAACGCUAGCACCGGCGCCAAAGGCCUGUCCAUCAGGAGGGCCGCCGAGGAGCUUCGCAAGCAGGUCUCCAGAGUGAACGGGCUGACGCGUCUGAGCGCCCUGCAGGCGGCCGCCAAGAGGAGCCGCGACUUCCGUCUGCCGUCCAAAACUGUGAAGAAGUACACGGCCACCGUGUCCAAGGGCCACGUCACCUACACCAAAGCCAAACAGAGGGAACUGGACAAGAAAACCAAACUCAGCAGCAGCAGCAGCAACAUGGCGAACAAUCAUAAUCAGCACAGCCAGCCAGCAGCCAGCAACAGGCUGACCUACUCAGGAAAAGCAGCAGCAGCAGCGGCGUCGGCGGCGGCCUAUCACAGCAAUGCAAAAACCCGCAAACAGGUGCUAUUAGCCAAGGGGCUGCACGGGGGCGACCCCGCUGCCGCCUCCCGCCUCAAUGGGAGGCUGAACGGGCAGCAGCACAACAACAGGGAGGACGGCCAGGGACACGAGGGCGAGACCCCCGGGCGAGAAGGUCUGCGCAACUCGAAACGGCGCCUGGAGGUGGUGCUGCACUCGGUGGAGGCCGGCGUGCUCAAGGGCGGCCAGGAGCCCAAGAAGGCCAAGCUCCGGCCUCCUUCGCCGCCGCCGCCGGAAACGCGCAGCGGCAAGAAGACGGGCCACAUGCGGUCGGCCACCCCCACCACCCCGCUUUCAAACGGACGCCUUUCCGAGCCGCCGCCGCCCCCCGAUACGGAGCCGCCCGCCCUUCCGUCAUCCACGCCCCUCGCGCAACAAUCCUCUUCCACACCAGCAGAGUCGGUGAACCAGCGGCCUAAGCGGGCGUCGGCCGGCAAGCUGAUGUUGAUCCGACAAGCACAGCAGCAACUGAGCAGGUCUCACGGCCGCGCCGCCGCAGCCGCUUCCUCCCCCUCGUCCGGCCACAAUCACUCCCGCGCUCCCGGGCACGGCACUACCUCAGACCCCCGACAGGCCGCCGGCGCAGCCUCCCCGCUCGCUAACCGGUCGGGACCGCUCAGGCCUCCGCCGACGGGGCGGCUGGUCGACCGCGACAAGGAGUGGGAGCGCGAGAAGGAGCUGGCGCGGCAGAAGGAGCGCGAGCAAGAGAGGGAGUGGGGUUCUCGGCGGAGCCGUCCCGAAGGGUGGGCGGCGCUGGGCGAGGUGCCCGUCUUCCUGCCGGACUCGCGCGAGUUCCAGGACCCCAUGGCCUACCUGGAUGGCGUGCGGCUCCAGGCGGAGGCGGCCGGCGUGUGCCGCGUGGUGCCGCCGCCCGACUGGAGGCCCGAGUGCAAGCUCAGCGAGGAGAUGCGUUUCGUCACCACCGUGCAGAGGGUCCACAUGCUGGGGCGGCGCUGGGGCCCCAACGUGCAGCGGCUGGCCUGCAUCCGAAAACACCUCAAAUCUCAGGGCAUUACCAUGGACGAGCCACCCGUCAUCGGUGGCUGCGAAGUGGACCUGGCGCGCUUCUUCCAGGUGCUGAACGACAUGGGCGGCAUGCAGCAGGUGAUGGACCUGAAGAAGUGGAGCAAGCUGGCAGACCUGCUGCGCAUCCCCAAGUCGGCACAGGACCGGCUGGCCAAGCUGCAGGAAGCUUACCUGCAGUACUUGUUGGCCUACGACUCGCUGGGCGCAGACGAGCGCCUCCGGCUACACGACGAGGUACUGCAGGAGAAGCGUCGACUGGAGGCGCGGCGCGGGCCCCUCGAGGGUCUGGCGGACUCGGCCGCGCCGACGCUACCCCGCUACGAGCCCAAGAACGGGCUGGCCGGUGGCCUGGUGGGCAGCAGCGGCACCGGCGCCAACGGCAACGGCAUGUACCAGCAUCUGAAGGAUCUGGAGGCUCAGGUCAAAGCGGGCCGGCGCCGCCUCUUCGCUCAGGAAAAACACAGCGGACGAGAGGAUGGGCGGCGUGUCGCCGAGCACCACGAUGACAGCAUCCUUGGCGAGCAGCACAAAUGUAUUUGCAAGGGGAAGUCGGUGUCGCUGACCAACUUCUUCCGGAUAGCUCGUAACACCAUGACCAUGUGCUUCAACAAGGAGCCCGCUGCCAGCGAGGUCGAGCAAGAGUACUGGCGUAUCGUGGAGCAACGCGACGGCCACGUGGCCGUGCACUGUGGCAAGGUGGACACCAGCACGCACGGCAGUGGCUUCCCCACCGGCAAGUCGGAGCCCUUUGCCAAACACGGAUGGAACUUGACGGUCCUCCCCAAUAAUUCGGGCUCCAUUCUGAGGCAUCUGGGUGCCGUGCCCGGGGUCACCAUUCCUUGGCUGAACAUCGGCAUGGUCUUUUCUACCUCAUGCUGGUCUCGAGACCAAAAUCGCCUUCCAUACAUCGAUUACCUUCACACUGGUGCUGAUUGCAUUUGGUAUUGUGUCCCUGCUGAGGAGAAGUCCAAGCUGGACAAGGUGGUCCACACACUGCUGCAGGCCAACGGGACGCCCGGACUGGAAAUGCUCGAGAAGAAUGUCAUGAUCUCUCCGGAGGUGCUCUGCCGGGAGGGCAUCCGCGUGCACCGCACGGUGCAGCGCAGCGGCCAGUUUGUGGUCUGUUUCCCGGGCACCUUUGUGUCUAAAGUGUGCUGCGGCUACAGCGUGUCCGAGACGGUGCACUUCGCCACCCUGCACUGGAUCAAGCUGGGCUACCAGGCCGCCAAGGACCUCAAGUGCCGGCGCAUCGCCAAGCCCUUCUCCAUGGAGAAGCUGCUCUACCAGAUUGCCACGGCCGAGUCCAAGCGGGACAACGGGCUUCUGCUCACCACCAUCGCUGCCCUCCUCAAAGACCUCAGGAACUUGGAGAUGCGCCAACGCGAGGAGCUGUUCACGGCCGGCCUGCACUCAGCGGCCCGCUACGGCGCUCACGACGAGAGCCGCAAGAAGCCACGCGGCAAGUGGACGGCGCUCGAGUCCUCCGAGAGACGCUGCCAGACCUGCCACCACCUCUGCUACCUCUCCAUGGUGGUACAGGAGACGGACAACGUGGUGUUCUGCCUUGAGUGCGCGCUGCGCUACGUGGAGAAGCACAAAUCGUGCCGAGGCCUCAAAAUGAUGUACAGAUACGACGAGGAGCAAAUCAACAACCUGGUCAACCAGGUGUGCGGGCGUGCCAUGUUGAAGAGCAGCGGAGGCGCGGUGGUGGCGGCGGCGGGCGGGGCCGAGGCCUGCCGCCGCCCUGUCAGCCCCGCUCAAUCCUCGCCGGCUAAGCGCAGCGGCGGCGGAGCCCCCCGCAAGCGGCGCGCCAUGGAGGUGUCGCUGGGCCGCCUGCCGUCCGGCCUCCUGGCCAAGGCGGCCGCCGUGUCCUGAGAGCUUUUGCACUUGCCACCCGGAACGCCGUUGGGCCAUUUUGCUUUUCUUCCGCCCCGCCAAAUCUCCCCCCAGUAGAAACCCAAAGUUAUUCCCUCCAAUUCCUGACGCAGCUCCUGCAGUAUCACUUUGAAAAUCCAGGGGGGGCGGGGGGGGGGCGCUCUAGUAGCGAAAACUUGAAAGACAAUACUGUUGCUGUUUUUUUUUGGGGGGGGGGUCACGUAUCCUUUGUUUUUCUCUCUUUCACCUCCUGCGUCUUUUUUGUGGGGUUUGAGUGCAAAAAAAAAAGUGUGCCUCAGAGCGAGGAAAUCCGCCUUAUUUUUUUGGGGUGCUGUUGCUUUCCAACUUAUUGUCUGAUCAUGAGGAGAAAAACAAAAGUGUGACGUUUGCCACAAUCCAGCACUAACGCGGCGGAAAAGCUUCUUUUUUUUUCCUCCUUCCCCUCGCUUGGUUGGAGAUGUGCAAUCAUGUUAACAUUCCAUUUUUCUUCCAGUCCUUCAUCUGACUUUUACAUCAUUUUUUAUUUCUGUCUUUUUUCUUUUUUUUUUUUACAUGUUAUCAAGUAGAGCCACUAGUGUCAAAUGUGAAAUGUUUUUUUAAUUUAUUUUAUUUUUUAAUUAAAUUGAGUGAUUUCCUCCCCCAACCCACCUCGAGAUUUUUUUUGUGUACAUAAUCCUGUAAAUGUCUUUUACAUACUUGAGCCCAGUGGGGAAGGAUGCCAGGAAAAGGGUGGUGGUGGUGAUGCUGAUGAUGGUGAUGAAGAAAAAGCCUUACAAUUCCCUUUCUUCAUCGACGUGCGCUGACGACAGGGUUGCUCCCAUAUGUAAAGAAAAGAAAAAAGAGAAACAAAAAAAAUCGUUUAAGUGCUGCUUAUAUCGCUAAACAUAAGAUGACUCCCCGUGCCCAUUCCCAAGACCCCUCAGCCUAGUUUUCUUCCUUUAGCUUUACUUUUUUUAAGAAAAGGGAAAAAACGGCAGGUGAGAUUUUUUUUUCCCAUGUGUGAAAAUGUCACACCCAGAAAGGUUGUAGCUCUCCACUUGUUGCACUGAAAAAGAAAACUGCUUUUACAUCAUGGAUCUUUUUUUUUUUUUUUUUUGCUCUUGUUAGUCGUCAUCCCGCCCGCGCAGAAGACUGAAAAAUUAUUAUAGGACUAUUUAAGGCAUAAUACCGACGUGAGCAUUUCCAGUGUCGAAAUAAAAAUGACAUUGGGGUGUCAAGGUUUAUGGCCUUAACUAGGUUUGUUUUUUGAUACACAAGUCCGGAAGUGCUCACUGACAAAAAGCGAGGCUCUUAAUUUAUUGGUCCAGACUCACGUGUUGGUGACUAUUUUUUUUUUUUUUUACUUUUUGCAGUUUGUUUGUACUUGAGGUUCAAUAAAAACUUGUCGACAAUUCACUGUCAA